AUGAGGCCAGUGAUCCUUUCUAGUUGGUUGACCACCAUCUUUUUGGCCUGCCUAUUCAUACCAAAUGUCCUCGCAAUAAUCGAGGUCAACCCUGAGGAUGAGACGUCCCUCAAAAAUGCCGCCAAGACCGUCGCCACUGCCAUGAUGAAGUUCUACGACGAACGCGACUCAAAAGAUAUCCCGGGUAAAAUGGACGAUACCUGGUGGGAGGGCGGUUCGAUGUUUAUGACUCUCAUCCAGUACUGGUAUUUAACGGGCGACAGCCAGUUCAACAACGCCAUCCAGGAAGGCAUGUAUUGGCAAAAGGGCGAAAACGACUUUUUCCCAAGCAACUACUCCCAGUACCUCGGUAACGACGAUCAAGUGUUCUGGGGAUUGGCGGCAAUAACCGCCGGAGAACUCAACUUCCCAGAAAGAGAAGGCGAACCUUCGUGGGUUUCUCUGGCCGAGGGUGUCUUUAAUGGCCAGGUCCCUCGCUGGGAUAUGAACACUUGCGGCGGAGGUUUGCGCUGGCAGAUCUGGCCUUACCAGAAUGGAUAUGGAUUGAAAAACGCCAUCUCUAACGGAGGCCUUUUCCAACUGUCAGCACGGCUGGCACUAUACACCAAGAACGCCACCUAUGCCGAGUGGGCCGAGAGGAUUUGGGAUUGGAGUGCGUCUACGCCGCUAUUGAGAAAAACCUGGGUUAUCGCCGAUACCACUUCUACCGCGGCGAAUUGUAAGGAUCACGGUGAUCACCAAUGGACUUACAACUACGCUACCUAUAUCGCCGGUGCAGGUUAUAUGCACAACUAUACAAACGGCACCGAAAGUAAAUGGCUGACAGGUGUGUCAGGAUUGAUCGGGGCAUCUAAUCAGUUUUUCCCCGCCUCCGGUCAGAACCAAAUCAUCUCUGACAUCACCUGCGAGCCGAUCGAUCUGUGUGAUCGCAACCAGAAAACCUUCAAGGCAUAUUACACUUCAUGGCUUGGAUUCAUGUCGCAGAUAGUGCCCAGCAAUAUCACGGCGUCCACAAUGGCGAGAUUCAAGACCUCCGCUGUCGCUGCUGGCCAGCAAUGCUCAGGUGGCAGCGAUGGGACUCUUUGUGGAGUUCGUUGGACGAAGAAAACGGUAUGGGAUGGGUCUUCGGGCUUGGAGCAGCAGAUGUCUGUUCUGGGUGUUCUUAAUGCCGUCAUGGUCCCAUUCAAGAGCCAGGGCCCUUACAAUGCCGACAAUGGUGGUACAUCUAAAAGCGACCCACAUGGAGGCACUAAUACAAAGGAAACCGUGGGGCCUGCGCCUAUCACUACAGGUGAUAGGGUUGGCGCGGGAAUCCUGACUGCUGUUUUUGUUAUACUGUGGGUCGGGGCUAUAGGUUUCAUGUUGAAAAAAUAG